GAAUGACCUCACUGGCUUGCCUGAGACCGGAGCCUUCGGCAGUCUGCCCCAUAGCCAUGAGCUGGCACGCCCUGCCACCCUUUUCACGGCUGCUGGUGUCGUCCAACCAGGCAAUGCCUCCUCCUUUGCUCCUGCCGCUGCUACUCAUGGCUCUUUCCUCAACCCCAGCCCCCACAUUGAUCCCUUUGGCAGGCCUCCUAGCUUUGCCUCUCUGGGUGCCCUCUCCAAUGGGGCAUUUGGCGGCCUGGGCAACCCAUCCUUCAACUCAAGUGCAGUCUUUGGGCAGAAGGACACUCCUGGGGCUCCUGCCUUCCCUAGUCCACAUGAGGCAUGGAAUCGCUUACACCGUACACCUCCUUCCUUCCCUACUGCCCCAGCCUGGCCCAAAGGUGGUGGCAGUAACGGAACAGAGCGUGGAAGCAGCCAACUUGACAAGGAGAGCGAGAAGCCUGAAGGGCCAGUGAUCAAGGAUGAGAAGGACAG